CCACCGAAAGAAGAGAGGUAGAAAAAUCAAAGUUAGCUCUUGUCUGGAUCCAUGAUGGCCGCCUGACAAGUUUUCCGAUUUCCCUAAGUGACACUGUUUAUAUCAAACAAUGAAUUAUUUCGCCGAUGAACUUAAAUAACAGGUUUUUUCAGGGCCACAAUAUCGUUUUGACACGCGCUUUACGAACCGCUCUAACCCGUUAAGGCAAGAAGACUCGAUGCAGUGGAUGCUACAUGUUUCAGAAUCUAUUGUGUUCUAGUGGGCUUCACUCUCGUACGAAGCGACCGAGUUGUUGGAUUUGAGUUGUGUUGUCUUGAAAUCCUGAGUUGACGACACAGUGGCAAACCUAUUUCGAUGACAAGCUAUACUGCUAUCCUUAAAUCAAGUUUUUCACUGUGUAUACUCAUUGUUGAUAUCUCAUUUUAUUUCAACCACACUUCACCAAAUUCUUGUGAUGAUGGCAGCUAGUAAUGUGAAUUCAAACCACAGCUCAGCUGCCUUGUCGAAAUCAAAUGCCAAUUUUACUCCCAAGACAAAUGAACAGACAAGUGCCAUGGAUAUUGAGCAGCUUCAACACAUGAUUAACUGCACUGUGAAGAAAAACCCCAAAGCAGAACUUAGCAAAUCUGAUUUGCUUCGUCUAUUGGGAUAUCUUGAGGGAGAACUUCAAGCCAGAGAUGUGGUGAUUGCAACAUUGAAGGCUGAGCGUGUUAAACAGCAGGUCAGCCAUGCUCGUUAUGGCCGUAUUUUACCCGUCAACGACCCAUUCAUCGCUUUACAGCGGGAUUCACGCUUUGCUACCGUGGGCGGCUCAUCCAGCGACGACACGGCUCUUUUGAAGGCUGUGACGGAAGGGCCAAUGGCGGCUCUGGAGGCUCUGGUUGCCCAGCAUCGAAAUUCGCACGUUAAUCUCAUCCAGGCCAUGCAAGACGCUGAAGCACGCCACUCACAGGUACUUCGUGAAUUAGACGACGAGAGAAGGAAGCAUGAGCAUGACACAGCCCAAGGUGACGACAUCACUUACGGACUGGAAAAAGAACGGACGAGAUUGCGGGAGGAAUUGGAAGUGGAAAAGCAAUCAAAGAAAAAACUCGACAAGGACAUGAAGAAGCUGCAAGAGACAUUGGAUGAGGAGCGACAGAGACAAAAACAGAUCGUUUUGUUGUUGCUAGCCGAGCGCAAAAAACUUAUUCUCAAGUACGUGGAGGAACGGAACAAAUCUGAGGACUUGGCUCAGAUCCUUGGAGAAGAGAAGGGUCGAGUCGACUCAAUGGCCGAGGGUCUAGAGGAAGAGAGCCAAAAAGCUUUACAAAUGGAAGCCGAGUUGGAGAAACAGCUGGCACUUUUCGACACUGAAAGGGCUCAGCUCAAGGCACAGCUGCAACGAGAAGAGAGACGGACCAAAGAACUGGAAGCCGUCAUCGAUAAACUUCAAACAGAGGUCGAUAACCUGAAGAAACAACAAGCAGAAGCUCACCAAGUGGCCAUGUUCCAAGCUGGCCUCAACCAGCCCAAUAGUCCUCCACGAAUGACCACUACAGCCAAUCGAAAUAGUUUACCCUCGGGAACAUCCACACUCGUAUCGGCAGCUGCCAUGGGCCCCCAACUUCCGUCAAAACCCACUAUCGUCCCUCCGCAGACUCCUCCACGUUCCGUCAAUUCUACGAUCGUCAGUAGCAGCCCAGUCAGUAUAUCUCGUACCAGUCCAUCAGCCUCAAUCCCUCUCAACUCGGCCACUGGCCUCGUCGUAUUGGGUACAACUGGCAAAGUUGUCCAGCCAAUGGCUCUCGUUAGUAGCACUCCUGUCCAAGCACCAACGACUGGAAUUGCCCGAGCCGUUAGCCCGUCUGCAGGAGGAAUCCGCAACGUUCAGUACAAUUUAGGCGGAAUGGCUGCAGCCAAUAUGAACCCAUCGGGAUCUUCCAGAACUCUGCCACCUCCACCGGUCUCAGCUGCUGCAAUUAAUAAUGACACGGUUGAUGUUACUCCGGCCAGCCGUGGAACUUCAGUAGGAACGAUGCAAAUUUCACCGCGAGUAGCGGUUUCAGCUUCCGCUGGCACGAAAGUCUUCACGACGACCAAUAAUGAAGGCAAAGUCACAUUUCACGUCACAACUAGUGCCACAUUACCCACAUCCACCUCAGUUGGGACAACCGGAACGGCUAUUUCUGCCCAGCCAACGACGCCAAAAAAAUCAGCAGCUAUUGCACGAGGGGUUCCGCCGCCGGUACCACCCAAUAAGCCGGUCAUUCCGCCUAAGAAAUCUUCCACUGCCACCGCGAUGUCCAUGGCCAGCAGUUCCGUUUCAGGUCAGAUUAUCAACCCUUGUGGUGUGGUUAUAUCUUGCUCGAAUAACCCGCAGGUGACUACUGUGGACCACGGCCGGCCUAUCAGCUUAGAGGUGCAUCCGCUGCACAAGGCCGGUCAAAUCGGUUCGCAUCAGGGUGUCAAAUUUGGCAUCACGAUAUCCAAAGAUAAGAUACAAAUCAGCAGCAAUCCCCCCCAACAGCAACAGGGAUUAGCGGGCGAUCCGAAAGUCCGUGAAGGUGCUGUCAUGCAGGUGGGUGACGGUGUAGAUGGUAGCAGUGGCAGCCAAUCGCCCGGGCAUGAGAUUUCUGAAGACAGUUCUUCUCGUUCCCCCCUUACUCCCUUUUCUCUUGCUUUGCUGGAAAAAGAACUGGACGACUUCCAGAAGCUCCUCAGCAGCAUGGCAACCCCCACUUCUUCUUUCGCCCCCUCGUCUCUUCUUUCAUCAGGUAGCUGGAGAGCAGUCUUCCUUAUUAUAGCAGCACUUGCUUCCCCCAAUCAUCCACGCUUUCACGUGUGUCUGCUUCGUCCGGGCUUUAAAGGAGGUGGCUCCAUGUAAGCGAGGGAUCAUGUGCUGUACUUGUGUCAUUAAAGACUGUCACGUCAGGAUCUGGCACACCACGAUUGAGUUCUCCAAUGGCUAUUUUAGACAAAGAAUGCCACGCUUUCAUGCUGAUUGUUUACUGUAAUGAGCCACGUUUUAUUCCUGUUCUUGUUGAACAUAAGGUGCGAUAGAAAUUAUCUUAUCGUAUUCCCCAUUAAAACUUGUUUUGCUGGAAAGGGAUAGUAGAUAAAACUAGGUUGCUAUAAUUUCUGAUAGCUAGCAGUUAUCACUAGGUUAAUGGGUAUUUCGACCUAUGUCCGUUCUAAUCACGGGAGUGAGUAUUUUCCCUUUUUUUUUCGUCGUUUGAAUCAAGUCAGUUAGCAGUUCUUACCCGACGUUUACAUUGAACGUGUGACUCCCGUGUUGAAUGCUUUGCGUCAAGCGUCGCACCACCGUGCAAGGUUACCAAUGUUUGUUAAAGAAAACAAACUUGGAUUCUAUGUACAAAGUAUUAACUAUCAUUUGAAGUUGAAACAAUUGUGCUCUUUAUAAUGAUUUGAACUUGGCAUUUUAUUGCAUUCUCAUAAUACCAACAAACCCAGUUUUGGAUGAACAAUUCUAAAAUAACAUUUAAUGAUUGAGAUUAGUACUUAACCAAUUAAUAGUUGCAUUUGCUGCCAAGUCUUGUCUCGUUGAAUGUUGACACUGAUCCUCGGUUUUAUGUUUUAUUUUUUCAUUUAAUUUUUCGUUUCUUUUGUUUGUUUAUUUUGUUUUUUUGUUUUCUUUUGUCAGUUCUUGUUGUUUUGCUUGUUUUUUAUUUCUCCGUGUU